UAUAAAUAAGGAACAAGAAAAGGCAGAGAAGUACCAUUGAAUUAUUACAAAAAUGUGCUCCAAUACCAUGGAUCUUGGAAUUUUUUAUAAUAGCGUCAGCUUUCACUUUUGUUAUUCUACUUGUAAUUUCAGUUACUUCCAUUCAUCUGUGUCAGCUCCUUUUGUCUUUUGAGAGUUCAGUUUCACUACCCAAAAUGGACAAAUACAACUCAUUCUUUUUUCUGAUUUAAUUCUUUUGAAGAAAUUGAUCAACUCUUUCAGCUCUCCUCUUAGUUUUCUUGGCUAUUUCUAUAAUUCUAUGAUGGUCAGCAGUGCUAUGAAAGUAUCAUCUUCAGUAGCUAUGGUUUCUUUAGAUAUUUGCAGCAGGUGUAGUUUUGAUGGUCGUGUUGGAUGUUGGAUUGGGAAUGAGAAAGGAAAAUGGAACAAAUUGGCUGCUCCAAGAAGUACAAAGGCAGCUAACAUAAAGAAGUUGAGGAUUUCACCCUUGGCUUCCUCUGCUCUAGCCGAAACCCAAGGGUCGUCUAAAGCCAAAUUCUAUAAGGAGGUACUAAAAGAUGCCAGGGAAAAGUUUACACAGGAGAUAUCAUUUCAGUCUAAGGAUAAAGAUAUUUCCCUUGCAAAGGCUUUGCUCUAUGUUGCUUCUGAAGACGAGGCAUUUAUGGCUUUCAACCGAGAAAUCGACGCUUAUUCACUCCAAAAUGAAAGGAGAUCUGCUUCGUUGCCGUCUGAGACACCGGACUGGAAAUGCGUGGAAGCCAUGUCUCUGGCUGGAAAGAAUAUGAGCGAGUGGAUGGCCGAGUUGGAUUCAAUUGCAAGGGAAGUUGAGGCAGAGCUAGUUCCGAGAGAUAUAGGAUGCGAUUUGGCUGAAGUUUUGGAUGCAGUGAACGUAGUUCUUUUUAAGUCGAGGGGUUUCAAAAGGUCUUCUGUGAUAGUGGAUUCGAAAUGUUCAUACCUGCAUUCAGUAUUAAGCUCUGGAUAUUGCAGUGCAAUUUUACUUAGUGUCAUUUACAUCGAAGUUUGUCGAAGACUUAAUCUGACCAUUGUGGGAUCUCGAAUUGGGGAAGAUUUCUUGAUAUGGCCUCAAACUGGAAACCCUGAGGAGCUAUUCAAGGUUACUUCUGGUCACAGCUUGUUUGGUAUUGUCAACGGAAAGUGUGUCAAUGACCCUAGAUCAAAGGCCUCAGACAUCGAUAGCGAUUCACUGUCAGGGCUUGAGAUUGCAACAAACCGAGAUAUUAUCGGAAUUGCUUUGGCAAAUCUCGUGAGGCUUCACUGGAAACGCGCGUCAAGAGCAAAUCAUGGUUUGAUGCUGACUUCUCCACUUAGGUCUGUGGAUAACUCUGAUGAGAAGUUUAAGAAGGCGGAUGCUUCAAGUGUACCUUUGCUGCGGCCUCAAGAUUUGAGGCUGGCUAUUAUGGCUUCACAGAGAUUGCUGAUUCUGCAGCCGCACAAUUGGGCUACAAGGAGAGACCACGGCAUGAUGUUGUACUAUAGCAGGGAAUACGAGGAGGCGGUCCAAGAGCUUAGCAUUUGCAUGGCCUUUGCCCCAGAAGAAGAGGCUGAAGUUCUAGAGGCAUUUGUUGAGAAAUUACACUUAUUGCGAGUUGAAUCGUCGUGGAAGUCUCUGGGACGUAAAGGUUGGUUAACAGUUACUUGACUCUUGUUUGUACAAAAGCUGAGCUCUUUCUCACUUGUUGAGCCAAUUACAGAACUUAGUAUAAGAAUACAAACUAUAGAAUUAUAUAGCUGUAACCUCUUUUUUGACUUCUGUAAAUAUUUCAUUGAGCUAAAGCUUCAUUUACUGAGCUUCAAUUACGAGAUGAAUGAUAUAACUUGAACAUCUCCUGGCAAUGAUAUACUAAUUCUCAUA